AUGCGGGGCUGCCCGGGGCUCGCGCUCCUCGCGCUGCUCUGCGCGCUGCCCUGGCUCCUGCGGGCGGCGGCCCCGGGGCGCCCCUCGCAACCCCCCGCGCGGCGCCGCGACCCCGCCAGGGGCGCGGAUUUCGAUCGCGUCUACAGCGGCGUGGUGAGCCUCAGCACCGAGAACAUCUACUCCUUCAACUACACCAGCCAGCCCGGCCAGGUCACCGCCGUGCGGGUAUAUGUGAACAGCUCCUCAGAGAACCUUCACUACCCAGUCCUCGUUGUGGUUCGCCAACAGAAAGAGGUGCUGUCCUGGCAGGUUCCUCUGCUCUUCCAAGGACUAUAUCAGAGGAGAUACAACUACCAGGAAGUGAGCCGCACCUUAUGUCCCUCGGAAGCGACCAAUGAAACAGGAGCGCUGGAGAAACUGAUCUUUGUAGACGUAGCGUCCAUGGCACCGCUGGGUGCCCACUACAAACUGCUGGUUACCAAGAUGAAGCACUUCCAGCUGCAGACAAAUGUUGCCUUUCACUUCAGUGCCAGCCCCUCUCAACCUCAGUAUUUUCUAUACAAAUUUCCUGAAGAUGUGGACUCAGUUAUCAUUAAAGUCUGGUCUGAAAUGGCUUAUCCAUGUUCUGUUGUCUCAGUCCAGAAUAUCAUGUGCCCAGUGUAUGAUCUUGACGACAAUGUGGAAUUUAAUGGUGUCUAUCAGUCCAUGACCAAGAAAGCUGCCAUCACCCUACAGAAGAAGGAUUUUCCAGGUGAGCAGUUCUUCGUGGUAUUUGUGAUAAAGCCUGAAGAUUAUGCCUGUGGAGGAUCUUUCUUCAUCCAGGAAAAGGAGAACCAGACCUGGAAUCUACAACGAACAAAGAACCUUCAAGUGACCAUUGUUCCUUCCAUUAAAAAAUCCAUGUAUGUGAAAUUCAGUCUUCUCACUUUCUUCACCUUCUUGUCCUUCUACGUGGGAUGCCUGCUUGUUGCGUGCGUUCAUUAUAUCAGGUUUCAGAGAAAAUCCAUUGGUGGAGGCUUUGGUUCCAAUGAUGGAUCUGGAAACAUGGAGGUGUCACAUCCCAUUGCUGCCAGCACCCCUGAAGGGAGCAAUUAUGGGACAAUAGAUGAGUCAAGCUCCAGUCCUGGCAGGCAGAUGUCCUCCUCUGACGGGGGGCAGACAUGCCAGUCAGACACAGACAGCUCCGUGGAAGAGACUGACUUCGACACCAUGCCAGAUAUUGAGAGUGACAAGAACAUCAUCCGGACCAAGAUGUUCCUUUACCUGUCAGAUCUGUCCAGGAAGGAUCGGAGAAUUGUCAGCAAAAAAUAUAAGAUUUAUUUUUGGAACAUCAUCACCAUUGCUGUGUUUUAUGCACUGCCUGUGAUCCAGCUGGUCAUCACCUACCAGACAGUGGUGCACGUCACUGGCAACCAGGACAUCUGCUACUACAACUUCCUCUGUGCUCACCCCCUGGGCGUCCUGAGUGCCUUCAACAACAUUCUCAGUAACCUGGGCCACGUGCUCCUGGGCUUCCUCUUCCUGCUGAUAGUCUUGCACCGGGACAUUCUCCAUCGAAGAGCCCUGGAAGCCAAGGACAUCUUUGCCAUGGAGUAUGGGAUUCCCAAACACUUUGGUCUCUUCUAUGCAAUGGGCAUCGCGCUAAUGAUGGAAGGAGUGCUCAGUGCUUGUUACCACGUCUGCCCUAAUUACUCCAACUUCCAAUUUGACACCUCCUUCAUGUACAUGAUCGCCGGCCUCUGCAUGCUGAAGCUCUACCAGACCCGCCACCCAGACAUCAAUGCCAGCGCCUACACUGCCUACGCCUCCUUUGCCGGGGUCAUCACCGUCACCGUCCUCGGAGUGGUCUUUGGAAAAAAUGAAGUGUGGUUCUGGGUCAUCUUCUCUAUAAUCCAUAUUCUGGCCUCUCUGGCCCUCAGCACCCAGAUCUACUACAUGGGUCGCUUCAAGAUAGCAGAUUUGGGAAUCUUCCGGCGGGCCGCUAUGGUGGUCUACACGGACUGCUGCCAGCAGUGCAGCCGGCCUCUGUACAUGGACAGAAUGGUGUUGCUCGUCGUGGGGAAUCUGGUUAACGGGUCCUUUGCCCUCUUUGGACUGAUCUAUCGACCCAGGGACUUUGCUUCCUACAUGCUGGGCAUCUUCAUCUGUAACCUGCUGCUCUACCUGGCCUUCUACAUCAUCAUGAAGCUCCGCAGCGCCGAGAAGGUCCUCCCCAUCCCCUUCUUCUGCAUCGUCGCCACGGCUGUGGUGUGGGCCGCUGCCCUGUAUUUUUUCUUCCAGACUCUCAGCAGCUGGGAGGGGACCCCAGCUGAAUCCCGGGAGAAGAACCGGGAGUGCAUCCUGCUCGAUUUCUUUGAUGACCAUGACAUCUGGCACUUCCUCUCUGCUACUGCCCUGUUCUUCUCAUUCUUGGUUUUGUUAACCCUGGAUGAUGAUCUGGAUAUGGUUCAGAGAGACAAGAUCCGCGUCUUCUGAGCCUCCAGCAUUAAGACGGGUAGAGGGAGCGAUUGAUCUUGGUGCUGUUUCAUGAAAAAUACAGGGACUGCAGCAAAGUAACCACUGCCAAAUGCUCCACUCACCCUCUAUCGAGUCAACUUGGAUACAUUCACACACGGAGGAGAGAGGUAGGGGAGAUUCAAACCCACAAGAAGGGGGGCCACGGCUGUGGACAGAGGUGAGCCCUGAAGAGUCGAGAAGUGCCAUUCCAUUCCGUUGCAACUCGGAGCUAGACACGGACAAAAGCUGCAUCAGAGUCAACUCGCUGUCUUGGGACCCCUCCCACCCUCACAGAGCUUUGCCAGCAAUGGCAGGAUGAUGCUGCCUUCUUCCCUCCAGCUGCCUCCAUGCCCAGAAAGGCCAGCAGCUCGGAUUCCCUCUCCCCCUCUAGAAACUUCGGGUUCGCCCCCUUUGCACCUCUGUAACAUCUGCUGCUCUCGACAUCCCAAAACACCAGCUCGCUCCUCCAGGGUCCUGGACCAACAUGAUUCCUCAGAGUCUAGUAGAGGAGGGGACCCAAGGCCCUUCCCAACUGGGACAGAUGUUCUAGGAGCACCAGCUGGUCACCUCCUCAGAAGGAAUGCUGUACGUUUCCCCCAGGUUCCUGACCACAUUAGAAGGACUCACACUGGGCUGUGUCACACGCUCCCCCUCACAGGUGACCGUCUCUGGGACAAAGGCUUGGGUGCUUCCCUCUUUCUUAGUGUCUUCAUCUCACUGCUGUGUGUUGACUCCAUCACUCAGGCUCUCCCUUCUUGGGAAGGCUGUUGCUCCCCAGACCAGCUCCAAGGUGGAAGGAGAAAUGGGAAAACUCUUCCAGCAGCACCAGGAGCCAGAGACAUGACCGACAGCACUCAGAGACUGGUGAUACCAGCAUUAAGCAAACAGGCCUCACUCUGAAGACGUGGACACCUGGAGCUAAUUCAGCGAAGGAAAAGUGCUUUCCUCAUGUCUCCAGUUCAAACAGCUCAGUUCUGUGCCCUCAGCACCUUUGGGGAAGAAAUAGGUCUUCUAACCCGGGGCACUGCACCAGGGGUCCACCACCACGACCAAGCCCCUUAUCUGUCACUGUAUGCAGAUCAAGGGCUCCAGACUUUCUCCCUGAAGUUCUUUAAAAGUAACUCUCAGGGUGAAACAUUUUACUCCUCCUCUCUAGUUGCAGAGAGCACAGCUGAUUCAGGGUUGUCUCUUGUUUGCACCUGAUUCCCAUUCUCUCCCCAGGAAGGUGUUGAAAAGCUCCCACUUCACUCACACUGUCUGGCAGCUCUGCCCCCGGGGAGUCCCAUUCUGACCACGCUCCCUUGUUACCUGGAGCAUGAUGUCAUCGGAAAAUAUACACAAAUAUGCAAACAUACAUGUUUGCCUGUGAAAUUGAAGUCAUCUCUCACCUCUGCUUCCCUGGCCAUUCUUCAUUAGAGAAAUGGAUCAGGCACUCAGUUUUUUAAAAAUUCAUUAUUCCGUCCCUAAAAUGUUUGCAUAAUGUUCAAAAACACAUUUUGGAAGUUUGAAUAGCAAACUUUCCCUGAUUUUAAAAACAUGAAGAUGCUUUUAAUGAAAUAUUUUGUGACUUUUUUCCUAAAAUUCCCCCAAAUUUGUAAUUGGUCUUCUGUUAUUCUUUAUUCCUUAAAAAUUAUUGGCUUCCAUAGGCCAUCAGAAGGCUACUUGUUAAAUGGUUGUGUCAAUCUGACAUCUAAAACAAAUUUCAAACCUGUUUUAACUAUGGCUGAUUUGACCUAAUUCUUUUAUUUUAAUGUGCUACUGGUUUCAAAUCCAAAAAAGAUCCGCUGAGGAAAUGUGAUCCAAGUCUCUUCAAGUCGCCCUGUGGCCUGAAGUGAAUAAACUAUAAGACGUGUGACCUGUUGGGUAGCCAGUUUGGGAAAUAUGUCCGUGGAAACGGGGAGGGGCCCUGUGGAAAUGGACGGAUCGUGCUGCUGUGUUCUUGACUGUUUCCUGAUAACGUCUGUCUUGUGCUGUAAACUCACACAUUGUGGUCAGUUUUGUUCUCUGCAGGACUGAAAACCCAGCCCAAGCCUGCUCUUAUAAAUAUCAAUUCUACAUGUUCUUGUUGCUAAUUCUUUCUACAGUGCUGAUCUCGUGGCGGGAGGACACAAGAAAGCCAUUCAACUGCAUCCGUGGGGUUGAUAGGAAUGCAGGGUCGAGGGGCAACCAGUUUUUCAUAGCUGGACGGUCCCUCGUCCAUACGUAAUGUGAUGCCUAUGCGACCUGUGCCUGUGCUAGGCACUUCGCUCUUUAGGAGAAGGGAUGGGUCACUCUGAAAGCUGAAUUCAGCAGGAGGAGAACUAGACAGAAACAGCCCCUGUGAAGAGGAGGAGCAGGCACAGAGGAAUGAGAGCAGCUCAGCUGGAGCAGGACAGAGAUGCGGCAGCCAGAGGGGCAAAACUGUGCCCAUAAAAAAUGACCUCUUCACACCUCUGACGAGUGCUGGAGAGGCAACCCACCUGUUGAGGCUGGAUGGUUGAGGGAUUUGCCCAGUUUUAUUUUAGCAGCAGGAGAAGCCAGUGGAAACCAGAGUCUAUCUGGGGAAGGGACUUUCCAUGACUGAAGGGAUCACUGAGCCAGCUCCUGGAGCAGAGCAAGUGGCAGCUGCUUCCCUUGUAGCUCCAAGCAGCUACCAGAACGUUCUGUGGGGUCGCAAAAUUCAUGUGUCAGUAAAUCAAAUAAUACCCAAAUGUUUCUCAUUCUAAGAGAUAGUCUCUCCGUGUAAAACUUGGGGGAAAGAGAGAAACAAAGAUAAACAUUCUUCAUAGAAGAACAGUUGGGUCUCUGGAUUCCUGAGUCAGACUUGAGUCCAAAUAUAUUCACCUGCUCACUGUGUGACCUUGGGAAAGUCACUGGAACUCUCUGAUCCUCACCUACCACAUCUACAUGACACUGCAUGAGGGUGACAAAGGUGGCGAUGUGCAAAGCACCAGGAGCAGAGCUGGCACGGAGAAGAUCCUCGCCCCACACCUCUUGAUCCCACAGGGUGGCAGGGCAAGGGCAGAUCUCUCCACUGGGCGGGCAUCUCUCUCCUCUAGGAGAUCGCCAUUGAAGCCAGCUGUUCUAUUUCCUGUCCUUAGUCACAGGAGGCUCUGAAGGGGUCGGGAGGCCUCUUCACCUUCAGAGAUGCUAUCCAGAGUUAUCAAACCCUCCAGCCCCAGCCCCUCCUCGCCCCUGAUGGCUGCAUUUCACUGCCUGUGGCCAUUAAUACUUACUCCAACUCAGAUGAAAAAGCGUUACUAAAGCUAAGGCCAAAUGGAAAGUCUGGCUGUGUAUAAUGUCACCUCAUUACUGCUGUCUCUGUCCUGGGAACCUCAAAGACAACCUAGAUUUUUCUCCUCUCAAGCAGCCAUUACUGCCCUGGUUCAGGGAAGGCCGUAUGCCAGUGUCCCCCCACCUUCCCCGCCCUUCUCACCAGAUGUUCUAUAGGAAGAGCCUGCAUGUUCAGCCUGGCUGAAGAGGGGCUUCAGCCUGUGGGGGACAACAGAUCCCAGAAAGAGGAAGCAGGGGAGGGUCCCUCAGGUUUUGAAAUGACUCUAAUGUCCCCUGGUGACACGGAGGAAAAGCAUUAUAAGUAAAGAUACAAUUUGCCUCUGCCUGAGAAAUGUGAAACCCUGGCUUAUCAUGCUUCUGCCCAGUUUGUAGUAGUUUUUUUUGUUUUGUGUUUAACACUGUUUCGUAGAGACAAGAUGUACUUGUGUGACUAAGUUUUAAUUAGAGCACCACUGUCAACAAGGUUAAGUGCCUGCUAAAUCUUAGGCCUUAACACACAUGAAUUCAGAGAAGCUUGGCAAGAGUCAGAAGUCGGCCUUCACUGCAGAGUUUCUAAAAGGCCAUCGUAAUAGAGUUUCGCUUGGAUGGGACUCCUCUGCAGAGACCCCACUCCAUCAACUCCAAGGGGAAACCUUUUACAUCCUACGGUUGUCCUGAAGUGUGGUCUCACUACUCUUCUUGAAAUACAAAGAAAACUAAGUCGUUAGCAUUGUUUACACAGAAUUACCCUUUGCUCCACCAAGCUUAGGAAA